UUAAGGUGUCUGAAGAGAGAUGGAAACAGAUGCCAGGUCUGAGACUGAACAAAGGUACCUCUACAUCCCGACCUCCUACUCCUGCCAACUUACAUUUACCAGACAUGAUCCAGCUGAAAGAUAUUGUUUGCUAUUUAUCACUGCUAGAAAGAGGAAGACCUGAAGACAAGCUAGAGUUUAUGUUUCGCUUAUAUGAUACAGAUGGGAAUGGAUACCUGGAUAGUUCGGAGCUGGAAAAUAUCAUUGCUCAAAUGAUGCAUGUUGCAGAAUACCUUGAAUGGGAUGUUACUGAACUGAGUCCAAUUCUUCAUGAAAUGAUGGAAGAAAUUGACUACGAUCAUGAUGGCACUGUUUCUCUAGAAGAGUGGAUCCAAGGAGGAAUGACAACAAUCCCGCUCUUGGUCCUCCUUGGGUUAGAGAACAAUGUGAAAGAUGAUGGGCAGCAUGUAUGGAGACUGAAACACUUUAACAAGCCUGCCUACUGUAAUCUUUGCUUGAACAUGCUAAUCGGAGUAGGCAAGCAAGGUCUCUGCUGUUCUUUUUGCAAGUAUACAGUCCAUGAACGCUGUGUCUCAAGAGCUCCCGCAUCUUGCAUCAAAACAUAUGUGAAGUCCAAAAAGAAUACUGAUUUGCAUAACAAAUGUGCUUCACAUCUAAAACCUGAAUGUGACUGUGGACCUUUGAAGGACCAUAUUUUACCACCCACGUCAAUCUGCCCAGUAGUAUUG